CUCCAGGAAUUUGUGGUGGAGAGGGCAAAUAACCGCGGCUCUCCCGGCGCCCCGAUGCUCGCACCAUGUCGAGGCGCAAGCAGGCGAAACCCCAGCACAUCAACUCCGAGGAGGACCAGGGCGAGCAGCAGCCGCAGCAGCCGAACUCGGAGUUUGCAGAUGCGGCCCCAGCGGCGCCGGCGGCGGGGGAGCCGGGUGCUCCAAUGAACCCCCUGGGGAACAACGACGAAGCAGAUGGGGACGAAGCAACUGCCAAGCGGCUUCGUCGAGAGGAGACACACGUCUGUGAGAAAUGCUGUGCGGAGUUCUUUAACAUCUCUGAAUUCUUGGAACACAGGAAAAAUUGCACUAAAAAUCCACCCGUUCUCAUCAUGAAUGACAGCGAGGGGCCGGUGCCUUCAGAAGACUUCUCCGGAUCUGUGCUGAGCCAUCAGCCACAUAGCCCAAGCCGCAAGGACAGUCACAUGGAGAAUGGGGGCAGCUCAGGGGACCUGAAAGAGAAGCCGGGCACCGAGUCUGUGGUGUUCCUGAAGGCAGAGACCGCCUUGCCGCCCACACCCCAGGACAUAAGCUAUACACCCAAAGGCAAAGUCGCCAACACUAAUGUGACUUUACAAGCACUACGGGGCACCAAGGUGGCGGUGAAUCAGCGGAGCGCGGAUGCUUUGCCAGCCCCCUUGCCUGGUGCCAGCAGCCUCCCGUGGGUCCUCGAGCAGAUCCUGUGUCUGCAGCAGCAGCAGCUACAGCAGAUCCAGCUCACGGAGCAGAUCCGCCUGCAGGUGAACAUGUGGGCCUCCCACGCCCUGCACUCAGGUGUGGCGGGAGCUGACACUCUGAAGACAUUAGGCAGCCACGUGUCCCAGCAGGUGUCUGCUGCCGUGGCUUUGCUCAGCCAGAAAGCUGGAAGCCAGGGUCUGUCUCUGGAUUCCUUGAAACAAGCCAAGCUACCUCACACAAACAUCCCUUCCACCUCCAGCUCUGUGUCCCCGGGGCUGACGCCCUUCGCCCUGAAGCCAGACGGGACAAGGGUGCUCCCGAACGUCGUGUCGCGCCUCCCGGGGGCCCUGCUGCCUCAGGCUCCAGGCUCUGUGCUAUUCCAGAGCCCCUUCUCCUCUGCAGCAUUAGACCCAUCCAAGAAACUGAAGGGGAAGCCCCCGAACAUCUCCGCAGUGGAUGUCAAACCCAAAGACGAGGCCAUUCUCUACAAGCACAAGUGUAAGUACUGUAGCAAGGUUUUUGGGACUGAUAGCUCCUUGCAGAUCCAUCUCCGCUCCCACACUGGAGAGAGACCCUACGUGUGCUCAGUCUGUGGCCACCGUUUCACCACCAAGGGCAACCUCAAGGUGCACUUUCAUCGACAUCCCCAGGUGAAGGCAAACCCCCAGCUGUUUGCCGAGUUCCAGGAUAAAAUGGCGGCAGGCAACGGCCUCCCCUUUGCACUGUCUCUACCUGUACCUGUAGAUGAAUCGAGUGUCUCCUUAGACAGCAAAACUGUCCUGGUAACAGGGACCCCCUCUGUAGGGCUACCUCAGAAUUUCUCUUCAGGGACUAAUCCCAAGGACCUCAUGGGUGGCCCCUUGCCCAGUGACCUGCCACCUGGGCCCUCCCCAGAAGGUGAGGGUGGAGCCACACUACCUGGGGUGGGGCCAAAUCAUAGUUCUCCAAGGGUUGGUGGCUUCCAAGGGAGCGGGACCCCCGAGCCAGGGUCAGAGACUCUGAAAUUGCAGCAGCUGGUGGAGAACAUUGACAAGUCCACCACUGACCCCAAUGAAUGUCUCAUCUGCCACCGUGUCCUAAGCUGCCAAAGCUCCCUCAAAAUGCAUUACCGCACCCACACCGGGGAGAGACCCUUCCAGUGCAAAAUCUGUGGCCGUGCCUUCUCCACCAAAGGCAAUCUGAAAACGCAUCUCGGGGUUCACCGAACCAGCACAUCGAUAAAGAUGCAGCAUUCUUGCCCUAUCUGCCAGAAGAAGUUCACGAAUGCCGUCAUGUUGCAACAGCAUAUUCGAAUGCACAUGGGUGGUCAGAUUCCUAACACCCCUCUUCCGGAGAGUCCCUGUGACUUUACGGGUACGGAGCCAAUUAUGGUUGGGGAGAAUGGCAGCAGAAGUGCCAUUUGCCAUGACAAUGUCGUCGAAAGCAUUGACGUAGACGAAGUCAGCUGCCGGGGUGCCCCUGGUAGCUCCUCGAAGGUCCCCACAUCUCUUCCUAGCAUCCACUCGGCGUCGCCAUCUCUGGGGUUCGCCCUGAUGGCGUCCCUGGAGGCCCCCGGGAAAGCGGAGCACGCCCCUCCUGGCCUGCAGCGGCAGAGCAGCCGGGAAAACGGGUCAGUGGAGAGCGACGGCUUGACCAACGACUCGUCCUCCGGGAUGGGAGAUCAGGACUAUCAAGGCAGAAGUCCGGAAGCCCUGGAAACCAUGUCCUUCCAGGCGCUCUCUCCCGCCAAUAGCCAAGCAGAAAGCAUCAAGUCCAAGUCCCCUGAGGCUGGAGGCAAAGCAGAGAGCGCCGAAAACAGCCGCCUCGAGACGGAAGGUCGGAGCAGUCUCCCGCCAACGUUUAUCCGCACGCAACCAACCUACAUCAAAGUGGAAUUUCCUGGCACGUUCGUUGGACCCUCAGCCCUGUCCCCAGGCAUGACCCCUUUGCUAGCAGCCCAGCCUCGUCGGCAGGCCAAGCAACACGGCUGCAUCCGCUGCGGGAAGAACUUCUCGUCCGCGAGUGCGCUGCAGAUUCACGAGCGGACUCACACCGGAGAGAAGCCUUUUGUGUGCAACAUAUGUGCGCGAGCUUUCACCACCAAAGGCAACUUGAAGGUCCACUAUAUGACACACGGGGCAAACAAUAACUCGGCACGCCGGGGCAGGAAGCUGGCCAUCGAGAACACCAUAGCUCUGUUGGGCUCAGAUGGAAAGAGGGUCUCCGAAAUGUUUCCCAGGGACGUCCUGGCGCCUUCGGCACCCGUGGACCCCGUGGCGUGGAACCAGUACACCGCCAUGCUCAACGGCGGCCUGGCCGUGAAGACUAACGAGAUCUCGGUGAUCCAGGGUGGCGGUGGCGGCAUCCCUCCCCUCCCGGUGUCCCUGGGGGCCAGCUCCGUCGUGAGUAAUGCCACCGUCUCCAAAAUGGAUGGCUCCCAGGCAGGUGUCAGUGCUGACGUGGAAAAGCCAGGUGCCUCCGAUGGUGUUCGCAAACACCAGUUCCCCCACUUCCUGGAAGAAAACAAGAUUGCCGUCAGCUAA